ACGGGAGAGGAAGCGAGACACCCCACUUGCUGUUUUGUGUUUGUUUGUGUUUAGGUUUCGGUUCUGUUUCAAUGGGGAUCAGUGAAGGCCAGACACCGUUGGAUUGCAUUGGCGUCUAUGGGAGACACACCCAGUUAAGUUGACCGGAACUGAACAUUUGUUUUCAACGGUAAAUGGUCUGGGUGAUCUUAAUUUAUCCACCAUCUUUGGUGGGGAGAAGUCAACAAGGAUCCCAGUAACGUUACUUUUCAUUUAGAAAAUGGCAAAAUGGUCUGUCGCAGAAUAAAUUUCAGAGCAACUUGGAACAAAUACCUGGAUUUCUAGUAUUGUAUUUUCACAUAGGAAAGUUGGGGGUCUAUGAGGAGGGAUGCCUGUCGAAAGUGGAAGCAGUGCAUCCUCCCGCCAGGCCAAGCAGAAGCGCAAGUCCCACAGCCUGUCCAUCCGUCGGACCAACAGCACCGAGCAGGAGCGCACAGGUUUACAGAGGGAGAUGUUGGAGGGACAGUCUAAGUCUGCUGAUAAUCUGCAUCACUAUUUGAAACCUGAGGAUUCCAAACUACCAUUGUCUUUGAGGAGCAAUCUUUUGGACCUCUUUGGCCAGAUUGAGAGGGAGUUUGAAAACCUCUACAUUGAAAACAUUGAGUUGCGUAGAGAGAUUGAAACCCUGAACGAUCGUUUGACAGCUGAAGGACAAACCAUCGACGGGGGAGACUUGACUAAGGGGGCACUUAAAGCGAAAGCAAGUCAUAGCACAAGUCAACUUUCUCAAAAACUGAAGACAACUUAUAAGGCAUCUACAAGCAAGAUCGUCUCCAGUUUUAAAGCCACCACAUCCAGAGCCGUGUGCCAGCUGGUCAAGGAGUAUGUAGGCCACAGGGAUGGCAUAUGGGACCUGAGUGUCACCAGGACACAGCCCGUGGUGCUGGGCACAGCAUCAGCAGAUCACAGUGCUAUGCUAUGGAGCAUCGAGACUGGGAAAUGCCUCCUGAAGUAUCUAGGUCAUGCAGGAUCAGUUAACUCUAUCAAGUUCCAUCCCACGGAGCAGAUGGCUCUUACAGCGUCUGGUGACCAGACAGCCCAUAUCUGGAGGUACACGGUGCAGCUGCCAACCCCACAGCCUGUAGCCGACAUCAGUCAGACACCCUGUGACGACGACAUAGACUUCUCAGAUAAGGACGAGGCUGACGGGGACGGUGACGGCCCUAACGAGUGUCCCUCCAUCCGCGUGUCUUCCACUACCCUCAGGAGCCACCAGGGGGUGGUCAUUGCUGCAGACUGGCUGGUGGGGGGCAAGCAGGUGGUCACAGCCUCUUGGGACCGGGCUGCCAACCUGUACGACGUGGAGACCUCCGAGCUCGUCCACUCACUCACUGGCCACGACCAGGAGCUGACCCACUGCUGCACCCACCCCACCCAGCGUCUGGUGGUCACCUCGUCCAGAGACACCACCUUCCGUCUGUGGGACUUCAGAGACCCCUCCAUCCACUCUGUCAACGUGUUCCAGGGACACACUGACACGGUGACGUCAGCUGUGUUCACUGUGGGGGACAACGUGGUGUCUGGGAGUGACGACCGCACCGUCAAGGUCUGGGACCUCAAGAACAUGAGGUCACCCAUAGCUACCAUCCGCACAGACUCUGCCGUCAAUAGGAUAAGUGUGUCAGUGAACCAAAGAAUCAUUGCUCUUCCUCACGACAAUCGUCAAGUCCGGCUGUUUGACAUGUCAGGAGUGCGGCUGGCUCGACUCCCACGCAGCAACAGACAGGGCCACCGGCGCAUGGUGUGCUGCUCAGCCUGGUGUGAGGAUAACUCUUCUUGUAACCUGUUCAGCUGUGGCUUCGACCGGCAGGCCAUCGGAUGGAACAUCAACAUACCCGUGCUGCUGCAGGAGAAGUGAGCCCAGCCAGGACAGGUCCAGAGUCAGCUCUGAGCCACCCGCCUGACCCAUCUGCUAAUUGAGCCCAUCUUAAGAGCUGAUCCUUGGUCAGAUCAGUCACAUACCCUGACCCUCAGGCAGGGAGGGGAGAAGAUCGAUCGAGGACCCCCCCCCCCCCACACAUGGUCUGAAUAUACAUCCCAUACUACAUACAUGUGACAAUGUGUGUGGUGGAUUUCAAUCUUGCCCAUGUACAGAAAAUGUGAAGGACUACUCUGCUUUGUUGUUGGGCUUGUUUUGAUCUGUUUAUUCAUCAAAUUGCUGCUGAAGAUAAAGAGCACAGUUUCAAAAAGGAGGUAUGGGGGGGGGGGUAAAUGUAGUGAGCCUAAUUUUCAGUUCAGAACAAGUCUGUCCCACGUAGAUGGUCUAUCCUUACAAUAUGAUGAUGAUCAGCAUUUCAUGGAGACUUGUGUUCUGAAAUGCCACACAUCUGCUUUCUACCUAUCUAACCUGCUCAGAUGUACAGCAAGCCAAGCUAUAUAGCUGUCAUUUUGGCAGAGCCACACCUUGAAGUCUACAGGUCCAUGACAGUCUACUGCUGAUUAACUGAGCUCUGCUUCAUACAAUACAAUGAGGCUACAGUACAGCGAGUUCUUGUGGCUCUGUCAUGCGCCUUUUAAAACCAAAAGCUGUUAGUUUAUUUUGUUGUGUAACACUUUUUAGCUAAAUUCCCAUUGCAGCUUUUGUACAGAAUGUUAAGAAGCCUACUCUGGCACAAUAUGUUGUACCAUUGGAAUAACGUGCAAACAAUCCAUGUUUUGGGGGUUGAGGUUGAUCGCCUUCAUUUCAAUAGGCACUUCAUUUGUGUGUAAUAUUCAUAAAUGAGUGUUAGAAAGUAAGAUGUUCUGAAAUUGCUGUUUAGAUAUAGAGUUUACCGUUAGAUAUAGAGUUUACGAGCAAUAUUCAUUGGUAAAGUGUAUCUUCAAAUAUUUUAGCAGUGCCAUUAGUCAGUAUUGAAAACCUGUUACAUGGAUACAUAGACCAGUCCUGUUUGUUACCACGUGGUACUUGCCUAAGUGGAUUCUCGUUAAGAGCAUUCGAAUGCAAUAGCUGUAACAUGCUUGUGUGGUCAGUGAUCAUGGCGUUAAUGUCUGCUUCCAAAACAACAAACUGCAUAGAAAACUAGAAGAAGAGAUUGUUGUGAUGUGUUUUGGGGGGGGAUAGUGUGAUGUCACAAAGUACCUGUCUGUUUUUGUUUUUAGAUGAAGAGUCGAUGUUGACCUCUAAAACAUUUGGAGCGUAAUUGUCUGCAGGAGUCACUUGGCAGGCAGCACAGUUGACUAAAUUCCUGCUCUUCCCCAGACAAAUGCUAAAAAAGGAUCUAUGUAUCUCAGUACAUGAGACAUGGCAGUUUUAUUGCAGUAGUAAAGGCUUCUGUAGAGACUUUUAGAUAUACUUUGUGUUUUGCCAAUAUAUAACAAAAUGAUGCUCAUUAAUAUUGAUACAGUAACAGGCCCAUUGAACAUCUUAUAUCCCAUAUUGAAUAGUUAUCGUAACAUGUCUGAAAAAGCCAUGAAGCCAAGUGUAGAAGAAGCCCACGGUUUAAAAUGAGCAUAAAUUUCCUUUCACAAUAAAUCUCACAUCUGGUGCAAAUUAAAUGUAAUAUAUUCCGAUAUAUUCAAAGUGGCCCAUUUGGCUUAAUGGUGUAUUACUGCUGCAGAUUUUAAUAACCUUUUUAAUGUUAUGAGGUGCUCUUUUCAAUUCUACUAGUUCUUCAUCCUGUGCAGUCAAAUCAGUUGGAUCUCUUAGGUUUCAUUGACUGAAGUAUUGUUGCUUUAAUCUGUUGGGGUUUGCAUAAAUCUCAAAUACUGAUUUAGUUGUAAUUCUCACGUAUCAUUUACAUCCGGGAUGUCUUAGUGGGCGACGGCUAGCCUGCUCCCAGAUCUGUUUGUGAUCUUGCCAACGCCAUUGGUCAUUAUCAAGCCAAACAACAUGACAGCGGGUGGAUUCCAUUUUGCUGAGCCGUGGGUUACCGGUCUAUGGCCCAUGAUGUGAAAGGGCAAAAGCGGUGGGGGAGGAGCACCCUUGUCAAAUCAAACAGUAAUCUGCGCCACUUGGUCAUGUUGUCAACAUCUCUUUUCUAUAAAAUGUUAGAAUUUUCAGACUAGUUUUCAUUAGAAGGGCUGAUUUUAUUUUUUACAUUUUUUUUUUUAAAGCGUUUAUCAAAAGCAAUCACUUUUGCAUGUGAAAACAGAAUCAUCACUCCACGUGCUUAGUUACGUCACUUUUGUUUUGAGCCGACUUCGCCUUGGGCUUUGAACACGCCACCUGGCUCCAAAACGAAUGCAAUGAACUUUCGCCGGUGCAAACCGCCAAAACGCCUGCCCGGCCAGAUGAAUCAAAUCCCCUCAAUGAGUGACAAGGAGUUGGCAUUAUGGCACAAACAGACUGGCACUCAAGCUAGCUACUGCAUAUUUUGUUGUGCAGUCCUAUGCAUGACUACCACGUGAUGUAGUACUAGAUGCAUUUAUUCAGUGAUUAUAGUAGGCUGUUAAAUGGGUUGGUAAAAUAAGAGGUGCCUCUUGGACCGUAGCCGUCCAGGAUUGUCAUCAUCCCUGAUUGAAGUGAAACAGAUUUGUUUGAAUGGCAAAAAUAUCAAACGUGUGGCCUCGCUGGCCUGUGAAUGUGUCAUUUUUAAAGUGGUUUUCCAGUAUUUUCUUAUUUGCAGACAGUCUAUCUACAGAACUGGAUUUGAUUGCACCUGAACUCUAGCCACAUCCCAGAUCUGUUUGUGUUCUUGCCAACUCCACUGCUCGUUUGGCAUUUGUUACAAUGACUUUGCAUGAUGGCACACAGACUGGCACUUCGGCUACCUGAACACCUUAAUCACACAUUCUGAGCCCCCAUGCUUAGCUAAUUGACCAUGUUUAUCAUCACCUUAAUAGUUUUGUUAUUAUUUGAUGAUUUACAUUUCAAUCUCAUGGUUUUCUCCCUCAUAAUGUAAAUCUGGUCUUGUGUUCCAAAGGGCACCCUAUUCCCUUUACAGUGCACUACUUUUGACAUGAGCCCUAUGGGGCCUGGUCAGAAAUAGUGCACUACGAAAUAAGUAAUGUGCCGUUUGGGACGGAUCCCUCAUUACAUCAUACAAAUUUAGCAACAGAAAUCAACUGUGCAAUAGCUUUAGUAAAAAUGUGCAUUUUUUUACCUAGCUAAUAUUGUAAGAGCGCUACUAGUACAUAAAACUCAACAUUAAACAGUUUUUGCUGACAGCGGUGUUGUGCGAGUGAGAGCUAUGUAUAAGGAACAACAGCUUGUGAAAUAAAUUGUGCCGUUUUAUUCCCUCA